UAUUUCAGUGGUUCGUUGUGGAUGCACCUGUACAUAAAGUCAAAGCAAUUUCAUUUUGUUGUAUUAUAUUUCUGUAAAGCUGUGAACUCAAAUCCGAUCCCACAUCUACUGAUUCGAUCCUGGAACGAUGGUCGUAACUGACAAAACUUAUAUUCCUUCUGAUGAGGAGUUGACAGUUCAAGAGCUCAAUAUUUCAUAUCCAGUUCUGCAAGCAGCUUCUUUCUAUGUUGGAAAGGCCUGUGAAUAUCACAAUAACGAAUUUAUGCUAUGUCGUCGUGAAGAACAGAAUCCAGUCAAAUGCGUGAACGAGGGAAAAGCUGUUACUGCAUGUGCUCUACAAUUUUUCCAGAAGUUGAAGAAGAACUGUCGUGCUGAAUUCGAACAGUACUACAAUUGUCUUGACAAAUCUAGUGGAGAAUCGGCAUUUGCACCAUGUCGUAAAACCCAAGCUGUUUUAGACAAAUGUGUUCUGGAGAAAUUGAACGUAGAGCGCCCUCCCUAUGGGUACUUCUGUGAAGUCAAAAUACACGACUCGAAGAGGCCCAAGCCGGUUGACGUACUUCCUGAGUACGAGGACAGAAUUCCCAAAUUACCUGAAGACGCACCAAAACCACCGGCGAGGUUCAGCGGCAGAUGGAUGUGGAUGAGUUAAACGAGGAAUUACUGCAUAAACUUUUGUUCUUUAAAGAUUAUUAGUCAUCUUAUGUAACAUUGAUGUACAUUCUCUUGUAUAACCCAGAAAUCGUCUCUGUUUCUACAGCUCGUUAUCCUCUGGAUAACGAUGAGUGGUUCAUUCAAGUGAUUCUCAGAUAUGAAUAAAAUUGUUAAAUUAGUUA